AUGAAAUCCCCAGAAGCCCAACUUCAACAAAUGAUGGAACAGAUCAAGGCAAGAAGUAAAACAGAAGUGAUCCUUGAAUCAGGAUUUUUUGCUCUCAUUCUCUCAAUUUUAUUUGUUGGAAAUUUCACAACACUCCUGAUCAUGGUUUUGAACCGUCGCAUGCGAACAAUUCCAAAUAUGCUUGUUGUGUCGCUCGCUGUUUCAGACUUUGGCUUGGGAGCUCUCUGUUCUGGUCCUUUGGGUCUUUUAGCGAUAUCAACAUCCGACUGGCCUUUUAACGAUGCAACUUGUCAAUACCAAGGGUACAUAGCCAUAACCAUGGCCGUUGCCUCCACACAAACGCUGACCAUCAUGGCAGUGAACAGGUACUUCCGAAUUGUGAAUCAACGUAAGUACCGUCGCUUUUUCACUAAGAAAAAAACCACGAUCAUAAUCAUAGUAUCUUGGCUCUAUUCCCUGUUUACUCCUUUGCCUUACGUACUCAGCGGGCAUAAAAUGAUCUUUCAUCCAUCCAAGUUUUUCUGCUACCUUCAAGUCAAUAGUGGGCCAUUCACGGCGUUCUUGGUGACUGUCAACGUGGGUAUUCCAUCCAAUGUCAUCUUUUAUUGCUACCUAAAAAUCUUUAAAUCUGUUGGCAACCACAGCAAUAAUUUUCAGUCAAGUAGACAUGGAACCAGCAGGGCUGUAAAAGUGAAAGAUAUCAAGAUUGCUCGCACGCUAUUUGCGAUAGUAAUAUUCUUUACUCUGUGUUGGACCCCUGUUUUGUUGAUAGACGUCGUGGACACAAUAAGAGGACGUUGGAGCUUUCCUCGCGAGGCCUACUUAGCAUACAGCUUUUUGAUCACAAUAAGCAGUGCUCUGAAUCCGGUCAUAUACGGUGUAAUGAAUAAGAACUUUCAGAAGGAAUAUCUCAAGAUUUUACGCUGCAGCCACUGCCGUACACAAGUGGCCGUAGAACCUUUCUUAGUGGAGGGAAGAUCUAGAACAACAACAUUCAGUGAAAAUUCCCUAAGAGUUCGCAAAAAGGAAAAUUUGAACGAAGAAAGAAUGUAA